GGGGCAUUCGCUUUCCUGACUCGCUCCGAAGCAGCAGCAACAGCCGAGAUGUCUGGACGUGGCAAGGGCGGCAAGGGGCUCGGCAAGGGUGGCGCGAAGCGUCAUCGUAAGGUGUUGCGUGACAACAUCCAAGGCAUCACCAAGCCUGCCAUCCGUCGCCUCGCUCGCCGUGGCGGUGUCAAGCGUAUCUCUGGCCUGAUCUACGAGGAGACACGCGGUGUGCUCAAGGUGUUCCUCGAGAACGUGAUUCGGGACGCCGUCACCUACACUGAGCACGCCAAGCGCAAGACCGUGACCGCCAUGGACGUUGUGUAUGCCCUCAAGCGUCAGGCACGACGCGCGCGGCGCAGGGGUCAUUUUCACUCCGGCAGUCGACGACUUCGGACGCUCGCUCCGUUCGCCAUGGCCAGGACCAAGCAAACCGCCCGUAAGAGCACCGGUGGGAAGGCUCCGCGUAAGCAGCUUGCUACCAAGGCUGCUCGCAAGAGUGCACCUGCCACAGGUGGGGUUAAGAAACCGCAUCGGUACAGGCCUGGGACCGUGGCCCUUCGUGAAAUUCGCCGCUACCAGAAGUCGACCGAACUUCUCAUCCGCAAGCUGCCGUUCCAGCGCUUGGUGAGGGAAAUCGCUCAGGAUUUCAAGACCGACCUCCGAUUCCAGAGUUCGGCUGUGAUGGCCCUUCAGGAGGCCAGCGAGGCCUACCUGGUCGGUCUCUUCGAGGACACCAACCUGUCAGCAACAGCCGAGAUGUCUGGACGUGGCAAGGGCGGCAAGGGGCUCGGCAAGGGUGGCGCGAAGCGUCAUCGUAAGGUGUUGCGUGACAACAUCCAAGGCAUCACCAAGCCUGCCAUCCGUCGCCUCGCUCGCCGUGGCGGUGUCAAGCGUAUCUCUGGCCUGAUCUACGAGGAGACACGCGGUGUGCUCAAGGUGUUCCUCGAGAACGUGAUUCGGGACGCCGUCACCUACACUGAGCACGCCAAGCGCAAGACCGUGACCGCCAUGGACGUUGUGUAUGCCCUCAAGCGUCAGGGCCGCACCCUCUACGGUUUCGGAGGCUAAGCAGCGCGCGUGCGCGACGUCGUCUGCAAGCAGCGCAUCAGCUCCUCUGAAGAACCCAACAGCCCUCUUCAGGGCUACCCACUUGGUGCUUCGGCAGUGAUGCGCAGGAUUUGCGAUCUCCUGCUCCGUUAACCCUCUUUUGCGUGCCA